UGCUGUGGGGAGGGGGUUGAAGGAAAACAGUCGUGAUGUGGUAGGUGCUACUUGCUGCAUUAGAAGUGAGCACAGGUUGUUGGGAUAACCGACAGGCUUCUCAGUUGAGAACAGGGAAGGCAGAGAAGCGUGAGAAAGGCCAACGUGUUGCUGCAAUCGGGAGUAGUUCCGUAUGACAGAAUCACAGGAUAUAUGCUGAGAUGUCAGGAGAGAUGAAGCCAGAGGGGAUGAGCUCAGCAAAGGGUUUGAAUAUCAUACAGUGGAGGUGGGCUUUUCUUCUGAAUGUCAGUGUUACCAACUUGUGGGUGUAGUACCUUCAGUGGGAGAGCAAAUUAAUGAAAGCAUAUAUGUAUGGGAUCAGCACAUCAUGCAAAACAGAAACCAUUCAAGAAGGGAAAAGAGAAUGAAUUGAAUGCAGAAACCUGGUUAUACAAGUGAUGGUAACCAAGCAGGGGAUGUUGAGGCCACCCGGGGAUUAACAAAAGCAACAAGUCUUUACUACCUCCAGCUACAGGGACACAGAGAAAGUGAUGUGACAGGGACCAGGGACCUCCUCUGGAAACAAAAUCGUGACAGAUCUGUGGGAACCUGCCAUAGAUGGGCAGCUAAGGCAUGCCUGGAGAGAGAUGGAGGGAGAAGAGUACAGUGGCUUCUGGCUUCUCCCUCCCUCCUGCAUUCUAAUUACCUGCCAAUGCCUCCCACUGGCCAAACCCAGCCAGCAUCCCAAUGAUUUGGGAGCCUAAACAUGUGGUCUGUAAGAAUCUGCCCACUAAGAGCAGGGGGAGGAAUGGAGUUGGGCACACAAGCCCAGCCAGACAUUGUCUGUGGGCUGAAUACAAAUAACUCACCUACCAAUGUAGGUAGAUGUGAUUCUGAUUCAUGAAAAACCAGUUCAUUUGAAAGAGGUUCUGAAUUAAUGAUGGAAGCUUUUGUCAUUAUGAGUAUAUUCAAAAAGUACUGCCAUGAUGAUGUUAGGCUCCAGAUAUUUUUAUAGACUUGAAAAGGGAACUUUAUAUCAGAAACUGAUAUGUUAUAUUGUUUUAAGCAACUUUCAGACAUUGAGGGAAAUGAUGUGAUCACAUUUGAAUUUCAGAAAGACUAUUUUAAUGUCAGAGUAGGCGCUGUCCAGUGAAUGUAAGAGCCUUGGAGUGAGGGCACUAUCCUGUUGCCUGUUCCUCCAGCAUGAGUCCCAGCUGCUGACAUUCUUGUGCUAGUUGCUGAAAAUGGGCCCAUUAGGUGCAGAGGCUGAUGAGAACCAGACGGUGGAAGAAACGAAGGUGGAGCAGUCUGGUCCAGGGCACACCACUCCUAGAGGUGAGCUGGCCCCCGACUCUGAGCCCGAGCUCAUAGACAGCACCAAGCUGAUCGAGGUACAGAUCGUACUUAUAUUGGCCUAUUGCUCCAUCAUCUUGCUUGGGGUGAUUGGCAAUUCCUUGGUGAUCCACGUGGUGAUCAAAUUUAAGAGCAUGCGCACAGUAACCAACUUUUUUAUCGCCAACCUGGCUGUGGCCGAUCUUCUGGUGAAUACCCUCUGCCUGCCAUUUACGCUUACCUACACCUUAAUGGGGGAGUGGAAAAUGGGUCCUGUCCUAUGCCACUUGGUGCCCUAUGCCCAGGGCCUGGCGGUACAAGUGUCCACCGUCACCUUGACGGUAAUUGCCCUGGACAGGCAUCGUUGCAUCGUCUACCACCUGGAGAGCAAGAUCUCCAAGCGAAUCAGCUUCUUGAUUAUUGGCCUGGCUUGGGGUGUCAGUGCCUUGCUAGCAAGCCCCCUGGCCAUCUUCCGGGAGUACUCACUGAUUGAGAUCAUUCCUGACUUUGAGAUUGUGGCCUGCACGGAGAAGUGGCCUGGUGAGGACAAGAGCGUCUAUGGCACUGUCUACAGUCUCUCCUCCUUAUUGAUUCUGUAUGUCCUACCUCUGGGCAUCAUCUCUUUCUCCUACACUCGUAUCUGGAGUAAACUUAGGAACCAUGUCAGCCCUGGAGCUGCCAACGACCACUAUCAUCAGCGGAGGCAAAAAACCACCAAAAUGCUGGUGUGUGUGGUGGUGGUGUUUGCGGUCAGCUGGUUGCCUCUCCAUGCUUUCCAACUUGCUGUGGACAUUGACAACCAAGUCCUGGACCUGAAGGAGUACAAACUUAUCUUCACCGUGUUCCACAUCAUCGCCAUGUGCUCCACCUUUGCCAACCCUCUUCUCUAUGGCUGGAUGAACAGCAACUACAGAAAGGCUUUCCUCUCAGCCUUCCGCUGUGAGCAAAGGAUGGACGCCAUUCACUCUGAGGUGUCCGUGACAUUCAAGGCUAAAAAGAACCUGGAAGUCACAAAGAACAAUGGCCCCAGUGACUCUUUCACAGAGGCUACCAACGUUUAAGGGCAACUGCCGUGUGAAAAUAGAUGGAUGAAUUCUGACCAGAGCUGUCAAUCUGGUUGAGGAGGGCAUUCAGGUGCCUCCUGAUUUUCCAUUUUAAGGAAGAAAAAGAGCAUCUGAAUGGAAGCAUCUGCAAUGUAACUCGUGGAAAACUGGUUGGCAGAGUGUAGGUAAAAACACUCAGAUUCAAUGAGGCAGCAAAAGUUUGCUUACAGUUGCUUGGAUGGUAGGUUGAAUUAUGAGUAAAAGCAGAGAGAAAUGCUUUUAACUGUUUCCCAGGGUGAAGGAAACAGGAACAUGGAGUUGGUGGUGUCAGUAUUGCUAAAAGAUGGUGGGUAAAUAAGUUGACUUCCAGAUCACAUGAGGGCAGAGAUUGGGGAUGACGUGUAAUUCGCUGCUCCCCCCUCAUCUGAUGAAAAGGCUACCAAUACCAACUUCCCUAGAAUGCCACAGACGUUUCUCUAUUAUAUUUUGGCUUUUUGUUAUUCUUCCUAUGUAUGCUGCAGGUAAAUGUUACCAACUAUUUGAAUGACUUCAAGGAAAUAAACUGAAAUUUGCUAUGUAAUUAGUAUUUUGGCAAAUGAUGGGGGAAGUUUUUACCACCCAAUUAACCAAUUGUUUUUGUAAAAACAAAUGCACAUUUAAUGAAAAGUUUCUUCAACUUAGAAUUGAAGGCUGAAGUUCUCAGAGAAAUGCAAACCAUUAUUUAACUUCUCAUUUCAAGUUGUCCCUGCUUCAUACAGUUACUAUUUACAGAAUAAAGAAGCAUGCAACUCAAUACUUUAACUCAUUGCUUAAGUGUUACAACUUUUUGAACACAUAUUUUUCCUCUGCUGGAGCUGAGUUUGUCCUCACUAAAAAUUAAAUCAGAUUAGAAAAUAGUUUCAUGGCAUUUUGUAACAUUUUGGUGUGAUUUGUAAGCAGUUUUGCGCAGGUACAUAGCUCUAAUGUGUUUACUGCAGUGUUAUUUUUUCUGAAAUUCAUCUUCCAUGGACACAUUCAUGAUUCAUAAAACAAUAGAACAUCAGAAUGGCACCCAUCUGGUAAGAACUGUUAAAAACAUUACAUUUGUUCCACUUUGAAAAUGUUCUGCUUGGACCAAUUUCAACAAAAAUUAUCUGCUUCUCAAAAUAAUUAGCUGUAUUUUUGGAUAACUUAUGAAUACAUACAUAAUAUAAUUUUACCUAUAAAGGGUGGAACAUAGAUGCUAUAGUACCUUUUUUUUUUUCAAUGAUUUCAUAAAUACAUUUUUAUUUCAAUAGUAUCCAACCAAAGAUGCUUAAAACUCUAUUAUGUUCAUGAAAAAUAAUUGAGAUGUUAAAAUAGCUGUUAAAAUAGUUGGAGGCUGUUAAAGAAGUUUCAUUAUAAUCAUAUUUUUAUAAGUAUACCUGAACUUGUGAAUAGAUUCUUUAAAUUUUAAGUCAAUUCAGCAUGACUAUCGCAUUUAGUUACAAACAUUAACUUUAUGAACAGGAGAGAUUUAUUUUAUGGCUACAUAUAAAAUUUAUAUUACAGCUUUUAUGGAAUUAUUUCCAUGCUAGAAAUAAAAGACUGAUCUUGAACUGCACUGCACUUUUAGGAAACUGAAAAAGAAUGGAAACAGUGGAAGUUAGAUUGGGUAUAAGACUGAAUAAGAAGUUAAUAAUGUAUAUCUGUAAUAUAUAACUGAAGAAUUCAUUUUUCUCUUGGACCUGAUGUAACUGUCUAAGAAGAAGCUUUUUGUCUUUUAAAUAGCAGUUACUUUGCUUGAGAUGCUAAUAGAUAAUUGUGGUUAAAGGUUUUUUUCCCUCUUGGAGAAUUCUUAAACUGUAGGAAAUGUGCAUGCUACUGUACCACCUGUGGUCAUAGUAAAUUAUUAGAAUCUAAUUAAUAUAUGUGAUCUAAUUAAUUCUGUUAACUCAUCAAUAAAAUGUCAUUUAUGUAGUGAUUUGAUGUGUUGAAAUAAAAAGAAUUGGGGAAGUUAGAGAAA